UGCAUGCCGACUGUGGGCAUCGGCAUCUUCAAGAUCUCGAGAAAUUGCAGCACCAUCGAUGAAAUGUCAAUGUUUUAGGAUCAAGAGUCCUAAGUUAUAAUAAUGCUGAGCCUCGAGUGAAAUUCCGAAAUCGAGCGGAUCCAUGGAGCGUGACCGACCCUUCACAUUUUAAUCCCGAAGUCAUUGAUCAUUCUCCGCACGCGACAUCACCCUGACGAGGAUACAUCAAGAAGUUCAGCGAAGCCGAUCGCUCCCUUCCAAGCAUGAACAGAUCAACCCGACCAUCAUGGCUUUCCUCCGUCACACGAAUUCUCCCACAACCUCGCGCCCCGACCGACCUCCGCGGAGGAUACACCCGAGUCGACGGACACGAAUUAGGAGAUCUCACCAACCGCGCUACAGAAUCAGCAGGAUCUUCAUCCCAGAGAAAUCCCGAUGACUUUGAGUUCGAUGCAUCAGCGGAAGCACGCGAUUAUUCGUCUCGACAAUACCCGACAGAAAUCGAGUUGAAGACGCUGGGACGCGUCGCAGAUGACUUGCCCUGGUCGGCGUUCCUCAUCGCCGUCGUCGAGCUGUGCGAGCGAUUCGCGUACUAUGGAUUAGUCGGUCCAUUUCAGAAUUAUAUGGCGAAUAAAUGGCAUGAUCCAAAUGGGUUGCCGGGUGCGAUCGGUCUGGGUCAAGUUGGCGCUACAGCGCUUUCAAAUCUCUUUAUGUUCUUUCUUGCAAGCAUGCCGAUUUUCGCUGCAGUCGUUGCUGAUCAAUAUCUCGGGCGUUAUUAUACCAUCUUUUAUGGCAUGCUCAUCUACAUCAUUGGUCUUGCAAUCCUCUCCGUGACGUCGCUACCUUCGUUUAUCGAAGCGGGCUUCGCACUCCCGGGUCUUCUCAUCUCCAUGAUCUUCAUCGGCAUCGGAGGCGGUGGCAUCAAGGCCAAUGUCUCGGCUUUGAUCGCUGAGCAGUAUACGGAGACGAAACCAUUCGUCCGAAUCACGAGAUCCGGAAAGAAAGUCAUCGUCGAUCCACCCAUGACUAUUACCAGGAUCUUUUCCAUCUUCUAUCUCUGCAUCAACAUCGGCUCCCUUUCUCCCAUCCUCACCACCUCGCUCGAAAGUAGCGUCGGGUUCUAUGCAGCCUACUUCCUCUGCUUCGCCAUGUUCAUCAUCGGUCUCAUCACGCUGAUAUAUGGGAAGAACAACUACAUUAUCAAGAGACCGACGGGAUCGCCUGUAUUCGAUGCCCUGAGAAUCAUCUGGAUCCGUGUUCGGACGGGCACCUUUGAGGCGGCCAAGUCAGGCGGUGGAAGAGGGAAAGCGGGAAGGCCCUGGAGUGAUCGGUUUGUGGAAGAAUUGAAGAAGGCGCUGGAAGCUUGUCGCGUAUUUCUCUUUUUUCCGAUCUACUGGGUCGCCUUCAAUCAAAUGAACAACAACUUCGUUUCUCAAGCAGGUCAAAUGGAACGUCAUAACAUCCCAAACGACAUCAUGUCCAACCUCGACCCCAUAAUCAUCAUCAUCAUGAUUCCCAUCUGCGACAAAUACAUCUUCCCCUACCUCGCCAAACGCGGCUUCGGCAGUCCAGUGCAGAAAAUCACACUCGGAUUUCUCCUCGGCGCUGCCACUCUCCUCUACGCCUCCCUCAUCCAAUCCCGCAUCUACGCCUCAGGACCCUGCUACACCUCGCCCUCAAAUUGCCCCGAAGCCUUCAUCCCGCCACCUCCUUCAGCACCAGAGGGUAGCCUGGGAUCCUAUCGACCCAACGAAAUUUCCAUCCUCUGGCAGAUCCCUGCAUACAUCCUCAUCGCAAUGUCGGAGAUUUUCGCGUCCGUGCCCAGUCUGGAAUUUGCGUAUUCGAGGGCGCCGAAGGAGUUGAAAAGUUUCGUGAUGGGUAUGUUUCCGAAAAACAAAAGUUUUGAGUUUCAUCGUACUGUCUUCCUCCUGUUGGUUUGGAAACCCUGAUGCUUUAUUCCCUCUUGGGUCUCGGAUCGACUUCCAACAAGCGCACACGCUGACAAUGAGGACUUUACCAAAUCAACAGGCUUGCUAUACCUAACCAUGGCCGCCGGUGCUGUGCUUGGAAUGGCUUUUAGUCCGUUCGCGGUGGAUCCACUGGUACGUUGUAUAUUCCAUCCUGCCCUCCCUCUGUACACGUUCCUGAGCUGACGAAUUCUCCCUCCUCAUUUCGCGCCGCGAAAUAUAGCUCACGACCAUGUACCUUGGCAUUGCCGUC